UGCCGCGUACCCCAGAAGAAGCCCAAAAUCUAUAUGAGCGUAUAAGAAAUUGUGCAUUAUGGUUGGAUUCAAUCCCGGGACUACCGAUUCCGGUUGGACUUGAUGCUAUCUUAGGGCUAAUUCCAUCAAUUGGCGAUUUUUCAGGGCUGAUCCUUGGAAUGUAUCAAAUAUAUCUCAUUUCUUGGUUUGACAUACCUUUCGGGCUAUUAUUAAAAAUGAUUGGUCACGUAAUACUAGAUUUCAUAAUUGGAAUUAUCCCAGGAAUCGGUGACGUGUUAGACAUGUUUUACCGAUCGAAUUUAUACAACUUGUCUCUUCUAGAGGCGUGGCUGAAAGCAAAAUAUGGCGAUAACAUAUACUUAUAUGACGGUGUGGAUCAGAGAAAUACGAAAAAGCCUUCGACGAACCGAAGAAAUGCGCGAACUUUUGAUUAA